GCCAGCAAACCUGCAGCAGAGUCUACGACUGAGACCUAGAGGAAUACCACUGCAGCAAGAUGCAGAUGACUACAAAAGUGAGGCAGGCGGUGAUAGUGACGCUCUCUGUGCUGAUUGUGAUUGUGUUCUUCGGGAAGCUGUCCCGGACGAGCAGCCGGGGGGAGGUGUCGGCGGAGGAAGGGGCUGGUGGAAAGCAGGAUGCGUCGUCGAACCUCUUUGGGUUGCGGCUGAACGACCAGAUGGAGCUGUCGCAGAAGCUGGACGAGAUUGCGGAGAAAUUGCUCGAGCAGCAGGAGAAGCGGUUGUCGCAGCUCGAGGAAGACAAGAGCAAGCUCGAGAGACAGCUCAACGAGCUCAAAAAGCCGUCGCCGGACUUGACGCUGCGGGAGAAGCUUGCGUUUGUGUACCCGUACGACCAGAACCAGAAGUUCCCGGCGUACAUCUGGCAGACGUGGAAGUACGGGUUGAACGACGACAAGUUCGACAAGGAGUAUAAGCGGGGCGAGGAGCAGUGGGCGAUCAAGAACCCAGGGUUUGUGCACGAGUUCUUCAACGACGACACGUCGAACGCGAUCAUCCGGUACCUUUACAUGGGCAUCCCGGAGGUGGUGAGGGUGUACAACGCGUUGCCGCACGUGCUCCUGCGGGCAGACUUCUUCAGGUACUUGAUUCUCUUUGCCAAGGGUGGCGUGUAUGCGGACGUGGACACCAACCCGCUGCAGCCCAUUCCCAACUGGAUCCCGGAGAACGUCGACCCGAGCGAGUUGGGCAUGAUCAUCGGCAUCGAGAGCGACCCCAUCGACAAGGACUGGCGCAAGUACUACACGCGUCGGCUCCAGUUCGCCAACUGGGUCGUGCAGGCCAAGCCGGGGCACCCCAUCUUGCGCGAGAUCAUUGCCGCCAUCACAGACAUCACGCUCGACAAGAUGCGGGACGGAGACCUCCACAUCCGCAACGAGAACGAGGACGAGUUCCUCCUCGACGUGAUGAACUGGACCGGUGACGGGCUCUUCACCGACGUCAUUUUCCGCUACUUCAACGACUACGUUUUGAGCGGCAUCUUUUCCCAGGUCACCUGGAAGGACUUCACCAAGAUGGACGUCCCCAAGCUCGUCAGCGACGUGCUUGUUCUUCCCGUCAACUCCUUCGGGGCCGGCGCCGACCACGACGACGAGCUUCCGGACGACGCCAUCCACGGUGACCUCAGCCACCCGCUCGCCUUUGUCCAGCACUUCAAGCACCGUGUUUUCAGACAGAACAACCAGUGAUUCCUCCUCUACAUCCUAUAUCCCGUGUAUAUGCCUAUCUGUGUAUAUCUUUACUUCCCUUUUCGGCUUUGCUCCAGGUCGAUCGACCCGUCCCGUCGUUUUCAGUCGAUCGUCCUUUUUUUGUUUUUCCUCCUUUUCUCCCCCGGUGUUGACAACGCCCCCGAAGAGGAAGGCACGCGCUUGCUCCGGCUUCAAGUCGCAGCCCGCGCCGUCCAGCAGAAAACAAAGAGCGCACGCCCCGCUGCGCGCGCGCCCCCCGAG